AUGGCUACUCAGGACUUCACCGCCCAGCCGCUGCCCCCGCGGGCUUCCCCUACCGAGGGGGCUCCCAGCAGAGGCUCAACCCAGCCAGCUGGGGGGCCAAGGCCCGACCCCCUGCAGAAGCCCCCCUACUCCUACGUGGCGCUGAUCGCCAUGGCCAUCAAGGAGAGCCCGGAGCAGCGGCUGCCCCUGAGCGGGAUUUACCGGUACAUCGUGGGUCGCUUCCCCUACUAUGAGCGCAACCAGAAGGGCUGGCAGAACAGCGUCCGGCACAACCUCAGCCUCAACGAGUGCUUCGUGAAGGUGCCCCGAGACGGCUGCCCUGGCGCCUCCUCAGAGCGUAAAGGCAACCUAUGGGCUCUGGACCCGGCUUUCCAGGACAUGUUCGACCAGGGCGACUACCGCCGCCGGCGCCGGCGCCCCCGGCCCCGCCUCCGCGCCCCUCGGCCCGGGGCACCCCCGACGGGGCGGUCCCCUGCGCCGUUGCCCCUAGCCUUCCCGGAGCUGUCCUGCUGCCCGCCGCCGCCGCCGCCGCCGCAGCGUCCGCUCUAUCUGCUGCGUGAUCCCUGGACGCCAGGCCAGCCACAGCCAGGCUGUGCCCCGUCUGGCGAGGGGCCGACCGGUAACUCCAGGGCCUUCUCACACAAUCUCAGGCCCUGCCAGCCUGGGAGUCCCGGGCAUCCCGGAAGCGGCUACCGAGGCCUAGCCGCGGCCGCAGCUGCCCCGCCGCCUCACUACUGGGGCGGGGCGGGAGCUGUCCAGCACCUGUGGAGCUCGCAAGCCGGACGGCUGACUGCAGACGCUCUCCAGGGAUUUCCUCCCCAGCUCCCCACCCCGCCCGCCGCCCAGUUAGAUUUCUGA